AGCAGUGCAGGGAGGAGCUGGAUCCCCAGCAAGGUCACCUCGUGCUACUACGUUCAUGAGGUGGGAGCUGAGUCAGACUGACACAGAAGCUGCCCUUGGUAGGGAGGCAGGGCAUGAAGCUCAGGGCUACAGCCCCCAAACAUGUUCUUUUAGACACUGAGAUGGUAAGUGUAUGGAAAGGCCCUUUUCUGUCAGAGCUUGUCCUGCCCAUGUUCAGGGUGUGCCACCACCUUUCACCAGAUCCUUGGUGCCCACCAUCAGUGCCCAUCAGACCCCAUCCAGCACUCCCAGCUCCCCAGGUUCUUUGCCUCUCACUGAGGGUCUGGCAGAGCCACGGCCUCUUCUGGGCUCAGUACUUGGCUCAGAAAAGUGGGCUGUCCUCAGAGCAGCAUCAGCGUCCCAGCGCUUCUUUGGAAGAUGGAAGUGAGGGAAAGGAGGAAAUGGCAAUUCCUGUUCUUGAUUGACACAGCUGAGCAUUCUGACCUCUCAGCUGGCUGCAGAGGGACGAAUGCACAAAAACACGUGUACAUAUUAAUAGGCACGCUCACAGCUGCUCAUUUUGUCUAAGUCCCUGAGGAUGUUGUUCUUUGUCUUGUUUUCGCUCCUCUGUUUCAACCCAUCUCUGAGCCUGAGGAUCUGCUCCUUCAACGUGAGGUCUUUCGGACAAGCCAAAAUAGCCAGAGCCGAGGUGCUGGAUGCUGUGGUGAAGAUCAUCUCUCGCUGUGACAUCAUGCUGCUGAUGGAGAUAAAGGAGAACAAGAACAGGACGUGUCCCUUGCUCGUACAGCAGCUGGCUGGCCAGACAAAAGGCAACAGGGAGGAAUACAGCUGCAUGGUCAGCGGGCGGCUGGGCAGGACUAAAUACAAGGAGCAGUAUGCCUUCCUCUACAGGAGAAAUCUGGUGUCAGUGAAACAAUACUACCAGUACCCCGACACCCAGCCUGGGGAUGAGGACGCCUUCUCCAGAGAGCCCUUCAUCGUCUGGUUCCAGUCACCAAAAACUGCUGUCCAAGAGUUUGCUAUAGUCCCUCUGCACACUGCACCAGAGAUGGCGGUACGGGAGAUUGAUGAGCUCUACGAUGUGUAUUUGGACAUAAAGCAGCACUGGGGCACCAAGAACUUUGUCUUCAUGGGGGACUUCAACGCGGGUUGCAGCUACGUUCCACGGAAGCACUGGCAGAACAUCCGCCUGAGGACGAGCUCAGAGUUUACCUGGCUCAUCAGUGACACUAACGACACGACAGUCAGGAGGAGCACCAGCUGCCCCUAUGACAGGAUCGUGGUCAGUGGGGAGCAGCUCAGCCAGGCCGUCGUGCCACACUCCACUCACAUCUUUGAUUUCCAGACGGCUUUUCAGAUGAGUGAGGAGCAGGCUCUGGGGGUGAGCGACCACUUCCCGGUGGAGUUUGAGCUGAAGGCACGCGGUGGCUUCUUCAACUGGAUAAAAUCCAAGUUCUCAAGGAAGGGGAGAGCAAGAAGGAACCGCCGCUCGGGCUCAUGAGCACGCCGGGUCCACUCACACAAUGAGAACACAAGGAUAACAGCGGGUCUUCCAGCUGAUGCGCUCACAGCCGGUGCAGUAUUUAGCAGGAAAAGAAAGAUUUGGUCACAUUUCAAACGUUUUGGGUCUGAAGGUGAAUGGAACCUUCUUGAUUGUAAGCUCAGUGCAAAUAAAUCAGCUAGAAGCAG